AUGAAACGUAUUAUUGAUGAUAUUAUUAAUCAAAUUUUACCAGUGAAAAGUUUUCGUUGUAAUGUAACUUGUUUACUUGAUUUACCAGAUGACAUUCUCUUAAUGAUCUGCCGUUAUUUAUCAACAUAUGACGUUCUUCAUUGUUUUUAUACACCUGAAAGAUUAAAUUCGAAUUUUCAUUGUUUGGUUUAUGAUUAUUAUACAAAGAUCAACCUUGGUUCAAUAGCAUUUGAUAAACGUGAUUAUUUGUUCAAUUUAUUUUCUCAUCCAAAUAAUCCUCUUCGACCUAAAUCAUUAAUAUUAAAUAAUGAACAUGGAUUUUAUUUAGAUAAACAUUAUUUCUUUUCUUUACAUAAUAAUAUAAUUCAAUCAGUACUUAUAAAUUUGACACAUCUUACUUUAAUCAAUUGUACUUCAACUGAUCUUAAUAUUAUCAAGAACUAUUAUAAGGAUUUCACAAAACUUGAAUAUUUUCAUGCUACUGUUCAUGAAUGUUCUACAAAAUCAGAACUUAGUCACAUAGAUCAGAGUGAUAUACCAUUCAAUAAAUUAUUAUUCGCUGGUCGAAUGUGUACUCUACAUAUAGUUAUCUUCGAAACAUUUUAUGGACUUUCAUUGUAUAAAACUUUAAAACCUCAUCAAAGUCUUCGUCAUUUUAAUAUUGUUUUACAAAAAAUUGAUGAUUUAUAUAUAUUAAUCAGUGGACUUGUGCCAAACAUCGAAACACUCAUUGUUCAAUUGCGUGAAUCAGGCCUAUCAACACGGUAUCGUCCUCAAUGCCAAGUAUCGUGUCCUCGAUUGAUUGAUUUUACAUUAUUGGAAAGUUCUACUAAUAUAAAUCUUGAUGAUAUUGAAUCUAUACUUGGUUACAUGCCUAAUCUUCGUAAAUUAACAUUGAGCAUUCGUGAUACACCUGAUUCAAGAUUUACUGAAGGAUCAACAAUGGAACAUAUGCUAAUGAAACAGGUUCCUCAUCUUGAUCAAUUUGAUUAUACAAUGACGCAUCGAAUUGGUAAUAAAAUACCAAUUGAUGAUUUUGUUCUAUGGCCGAUGAAUAUUGUUUUUUAUGAAAACGAAAAUACUAGAUGGAUACAUUUGUUUUCACUUCCAUGGCCAUCAAAUCAGCAAGAUAAACGAGAAGUACCUAUCAUCAACGGUAAAUACAAUAUUUCAAUUACAUCAGAUGUUAAAUAUACCCACAAUAUCAAUCAUAUUAAUAUUACAACAAAUGAUGAAAUGUUAGAAAUCAAUGAAAAAUUUAGUCGAGUCCGUGAGCUUACAACUUGUUUAUCAAUUAAUAUCGAAUUACCACGAAAGAUUUCUAAAUUAAUUCUCAGUGGACAAGCACCUGUUAGUUCGAUAAACUCUAUUCCACAAGAAUAUAUUUAUAAUUUAGUUGUUGAACGUCGUUUAAUAGAUGAAAAUGAAAUUAAUGUACUUGCUCACCAAUUUCCUCGUGUAAAAAAUUUAGAAUUAUUAUUUCCAUUGGAAAAAACUUCGUGUCUUCGUUGUUUACAAACUCUUUUUCGUCUUGCUGAUAAUACUGGAAAACGUUGUUUUUGGUCUGACAUGAUUAACUUUCAUACAAAAUUUACUCAUGGUCAACCAUGCUGGAUUUGGAACAAUGACGAAUUUCACCAUUGGCUUCUUUCAAAUACUGAUCUGAAAUUUCGACCAAAUCAAUUUUAUAUUUCGGUUUCGGGUUCAAUAUUUUCUAUUUGGCUUUGA